UUGUUUUUUCAUCCUCCUUUCUUCUUUUUUUUUUCGCAUUUAUUUUCAUUCAUUCAUUUUUUUUUUUCUUUUCAACGACAAAUUCUUCACCAUUCAUCCUCCUUUCCUUCUUUUUUAUUUUCGCAUUUAUUUUCAUUCAUUCAUUUUUCUUUCUUUUCAUCGACAAAUUCUUCACCAUUCAUCCUCCUUUUAUUUUUUUAUUUUCGCAUUUAUUUUCAUUCAUUUCCUUUUUUCUUUCUUUUCAAACAAAUUCUUCAAUUCAUUUUUUUUCUUUUAUCCUCCUUUUUUUCAAUUCAUUUUUUCUUUUUUUUUCGCAUUUUCACAUUUCAUUUUUCAUUCUUUUAUUUUCGCAUUUUUUUUUCUUUUUUUCAACUUUAUGAAAUUCUUUCACCAUUCAUCCUCCUUUCCUUUUUUUUUUUUUUUCAACGCAUUUUAUUUUCAUUCAUUCCUUUUUUUUUUCUUUAUUUUUCAUCGACAAAUUCUUUUUUUUUUUCCAUUCAUCCUCCUUUUUCUUCUUUUUUUUUCGCAUUUAUUUUCAUUCAUUCAUUUUUUUUCUUUUUCAAUGACAAAUUCUUCACCAUUCAUCCUUUCAAAAGAGGAAUUUUUUAUUUUUUUAUUUUCAUUCAUUCAUUUUUUUCUUUCUUUUCAAAACGACAAAUUCUUCACCAUUCAUCCUCCUUUCCUUCUUUUAUUUUCGCAUUUAUUUUCAUUCAUUCCUUUUUUCUUUCACCCGAAUCGACAAAUUCUUCACCAUUCAUCCUCCUUUUUCUUUUAUUUUCGCAUUUAUUUUCAUUCAUUCAUUUUUUUCUUUUUUUUCAACGACAAAUUCUUCACCAUUCAUCCUUCAUUUUCCUUCUUUUAUUUUUUCAUUUAUUUUCAUUCAUUCAAUUUUUUAUUUCUUUUCAUCCCGACAAAUUCUUCACCAUUCAUCCUCCUUUCCUUCUUUUAUUUUCGCAUUUAUUUUCAUUCAUUCCUUUUUCUUUCUUUUUUCAUCGACAAAUUCUUCACCAUUCAUCCUCCUUUUUUUUUUUUAUUUUUCGCAUUUAUUUUCAUUCAUUCCUUUUUCUUUCUUUUCAUCAACAAAUUUUUUUUUUCAUUUUCGCUUUCCUUCUUUUAUUUUCGCAUUUAUUUUCAUUCAUGCAUUUUUUUUCUUUUCAUCGACAAAUUCUUCACCAUUCAUCCUCCUUUCCUUCUUUUAUUUUUCGCAUUUAUUUUCAUUUUAUUUUUUUUUUUUCUUUCAUCGACAAAUUCUUUUCAUUCAUCAAAUUUUCUUCUUUUAUUUUUUUUUUUUUUUUCAUUUUUUUUUUUUUUUUUUCAUUUCAUUCCAAUUCUUCACCAUUCAUCCUCCUUUCCUUUUUUUUCGCAUUUAUUUUCAUUCAUUCCUUUUUCUUUCUUUUCAUCGACAAAUUCUUCAUAAAUUCAUCCUUUUUCCUUCUUUUUUUCGCAUUUUUUUUUGUUUUUUUUUUUUUUCUUUCAUUUCAUUUAUUUUCGCAAAUUCUUCACCAUUCAUCCUCCUUUCCUUCUUUUUAUUUUCGCAUUUAUUUUUCAUUCAUUCAUUUUUCUUUCUUUUCAAAAACAAAUUCUUCACCAUUUUAUCCUCCUUUUCCUUCUUUUAUUUUCGCAUUUAUUUUCAUUCAUUCAUUUUUUUCUUCUUUUUCAUCGAAAAUUCUUCACCAUUCAUCCUCCUUUCCUUCUUUUAUUUUUUCGCAUUUUCAUUCAUUCAUCAUUUUUUUUUCUUUUCAACGACAAAUUCUUCACCAUUUAUUCCUCCUUUUGAAUUCUUUUAUUUUUUCGCAUUUAUUUUCAUUUAUUCAUUUUUUUGCAUUCUUUUCAUCGGACAAAUUCUUCACCAUUCAUUUAUUUUUUCCUUCUUUUUAUUUUUUCUUUUUAUUUUCAUUCAUUCCUUUUUCUUUCUUUUUUUCGACAUUUUUUCAAUUUUCAUCUUCACCCAUUCAUCCUUCUUUUUCUUUUUUUAUUUUCGCAUUUAUUUUCAUUUUUCAUUUUUUUUCUUUCUUUUUCAUCGACAAAUUCUUCACCAUUCAUUCAUUUUUUCCUUCUUUUUAUUUUCGCAUUUAUUUUCAUUCAUUCAUUUUUUUUUUAUUUUUCAUCGACAAAUUCUUCACCAUUCAUCCUCCUUUCCUUCUUUUAUUUUUCGCAUUUAUUUUCAUUCAUUCAUUUUUUCUUUUUUCAUCGACAAAUUCUUCACCAUUCAUCCUCCUUUCCUUUUUUUAUUUUCGCAUUUUAUUUUCAAUUCAUUCCUUUUUCUUUCUUUUUUCAUCAACAAAUUCUUUUUUUCAUUUUAUUUUUCCAUUUAUCUUUUAUUUUUCUUUUUUAUUUUUCAAAGAGUUUUUUUUUUUUUUUUUUUCAUCUUUUAUUUUCAAUUCUUUUUUCAUCCUCCUUUCCCUUCUUUUUUUUUUUUUUUUUUUUUUUUUUUUUCAUUUAUUUUUUCUUUCUUUUCAUCGACAAAUUCUUCAAAAUUCAUUUGUUUUUUUUUUUAUUUUCGCAUUUAUUUUCAUUCAUUCCUUUUUCUUUCUUUUCAAAAAAUUCUUUUUCAUUUUUUUUUUUAUUUUUUAUUUUCGCAUUUAUUUUCAUUCAGUUUCCUUUUUUUUUCUUUUUUUUUUUUAUUUCCGCUUUAUUCAUCCUCCUUUUCUUCUUUUAUUUCCAAAAAACGGAUUUUUUUUCAUUUUUUUUUCUUUCUUUUCAACGAUGGAUUUCUUGAACAUUCAUCCUCCUUUUGUUAUUUUUUUUUCGCAUUUCCGCUUUUAUUCAUUGUUUUUUUUCUUUUCAUCGACAAAUUCAAAACGUUCAUUUUUUUUUUUUUUUCGCAUUUAUUUUCGCAUUAUCAAUUUUUCUUUCUUUCAUGAACAAAUUCUUCACCAUUCAUUUCCUUUUUUUUUUUUAUUUUCGCAUUUAUUUUCAUUCAUUCAUUUUUCUUUCUUUUUUCAAAAAAAGAGGAUUUGUUUUUUUUUUCUUUUUAUUUUCGCAUUUAUUUUUUCAUUCAUUUUUUUCUUUUCUUUUCAAAAUUCUUUUUGUUAUUUUUUUAUUUUCGCUUUAUUUCAUUGUGAAUUCUUUUUUUUCAUCCUUUUUUUUUUUUUUUUAUUUUCGUAUUAUUCAUUAUCCUUCCUUUUUUUUUCGCAAAGGGAAUUUGUUAUUUUUUUUCUUUUCAACGCUUUCUUCAAUUGUUCAUCCUCCUUUCCUUCUUUUUUUUUUUAUUAUUUUUUUUUCAUUUUCCUUUUUUCUUUCUUUUCAUCGAACAAUUCUUCACCAUUCAUUUUUCCUUUUUUUAUUUUCGCAUUUAUUUUCAUUCAUUCCUUUUCUUUCUUUUCAUCCAAAAAUUCUUCACCAUUCAUUUUUUUUUUUCUUUUUAUUUUCGCAUUAUCAUUUUGGAUUUCAUUUUUUCUUUUUUUCAAAGACAAAUUCUUCAUUUUUUUAUUUCCGCUUUAUGAAUUUUAUUUCGUCACAUUUCCUUCCUUCUUUGUUAUUUUUUUUAUUUUCAUUCAUUUAUUUUCUUUCUUUUCAUCGUACAAAGUUUCACCAUUCAUUUUUUUUUAUUUUUAUUUUUCGCAUUUAAUUUCAUUUCAUGAACAGUUUUUCUUUCUUUUCAUAUUUUUUUUUCAUUUCCGCUUUAAAAAUUUUUAUUUUCGUUUUUAUUUUUUUUUUUUUAUUUUUUUUCGCAUUAUCAAAUUCUUCAUUUCAUCCUCAGUUUCUUUUAAUGGAAUUUUCGCAUUUUUUUUCAUUCGCUUUUUCAAUUGUGAAUUUUCAUCGUACAAAGUUUCCAAAACGGAAUCCUCCUUUUUUUUUAAUUUUAUUUUCGCAUUUAUCAAUUAUUUUUCAUUCAUUUUCUUUUUCUUUCUUUUUUUUUUUAUUUUCGCAAAUUCUUCACCAUUCAUCCUCCUUUCCUUCGGAAUUUUUUUUUUCGCAUUUAUUUUCAUUCAUUUCUUUUUUCUUUCUUUUCAUCGGAAUUUGUUACCAUUUUUAUUUUCCUUCUUUUUAUUUUCGCAUUUAUUUUCAUUUAUUUUUUUUUUUUUCUUUUCAUUAUCAAAUUCUGGAUUCAUCCUCAGUUUCCUUCUUUUAAUUUUCGCAUUUUUUUUAUUUUAUUCCUUUUUUCUUUCUUUUCAUCACAGUUCUUCAAACAUUUUCCUUUUUCCUUUUUUAUUUUCGCAUUUAUUUUUAUUCAUUUCAUUUUUCAGUUUCUUUUCAUUUGACAAAUUCUUUACCAUUCAUCCUCCUUUUCCUUCUUUUAUUUUUCGCAUUUAUUUUUUUUCAUUUUUAUUUUCUUUCUUUCAAUUCAGAUUUCUUUUUUCGAAAACGGUUUCUUUCAAUGGAAAUUUUUAUUUUUUUUCUCCUCCUUUCCUUCUUUUAUUUUCGCAUUUAUUUUCAAAUUGGGAACUUUUUUUUCUUUUUUUCGACAAAUUCUUCAUUUUCAUCCUUUCCUUUCUUUUAAAAAAAGAUUUAUUUUUUUUUUUCAUUUUUCUAUUCUUUUCAUCGACAAAUUUUUCAAUUCAUCCUCCUUUCCUUCUUUUUAUUUUCGCAUUUAUUUUCAUUCAUUCAUUUUUUUUUUUUUUUUAUUUCAUUUCUUGUGAAUUCUUCCUUCAUUCACAGUUUCCUUUCCUUCAGAAUUUUUUUUUUUUUUUAUUUUUGCAUUUCAAUUUAUUUUUUCAUGAACAAAUUCUUUUUUUCAUUUUUUUUUUUAUUUUCGCAUUUAUUUUCAUUCAUUUCCAUUUUCUUUUUUUUCAUUUCCAAAAACAGGGAUUUUUUUUUUUUAUUUUUAUUUUCGCAUUCAUUUCAUUUUUUUUUCUUUUUUUUCAUCGACAAAUUCUUUUUUAUUCAUCCUCCUUUCCUUCUUUUAUUUUCGCAUUUAUUUUCAUUCAUUUCUUUUUUAUUUCUUUUUAUCGACAAAUUUUCACCAUUCAUCCUCCUUUCCUUCUUUUAUUUUCGCAUUUAUUUUUUCAUUUUCCAUUUUUUCUUUCUUUUCAUCUUUAA